GUGUACCCCUUACUCCCGUGGCUCAUGAAACCUUACGUGGGAAACCUGGACAGCAGCAAGGAGCACUUCAACGUUAGGCUGAGCAGGGGUACCGGAAGAUACUUCAGUGAUGAUAGACCCACAAGAGUGAAAAUUAUGAAUGAAAAGCAUUAACAUCCCCCUCCUGACCCUGAUCUCUAAUAGACUUCCUGUAGCCCUUGGAAGAGAGGGUCAGGAGAGAAGGCUUGAAGGUCACCAUGAAGCUAAAGCAGCGAGUGGUACUGCUGGCCAUCCUCCUUGUCAUCUUCAUUUUCACAAAAGUUUUCCUCAUUGACAACUUGGACACUUCAGCUGCCAACCGGGAGGACCAGCGGGCCUUUCACCGCAUGAUGGCAAGCUUGCGUGUGGAGCUAGACCCCCGACUUGAUCAUACGCUGCAGUCCCCCUGGGAGAUUGCCGCCCAGUGGGUGGUACCACGGGAAGUGUAUCCCGAGGAGACGCCGGAGCUAGGGGCUGUUAUGCAUGCCAUGGCUACCAAGAAAAUUAUAAAAGCUGAUGUGGGCUACAAAGGGACCCAGCUGAAAGCUUUGCUGAUACUUGAAGGGGGACAGAAAGUGGUCUUCAAACCUAAGAGAUAUGCCAGAGACUACGUAGUAGAAGGAGAGCCAUAUGCUGGAUAUGACAGACACAAUGCGGAGGUGGCAGCCUUUCACUUGGACAGAAUUCUGGGUUUCCGGCGAGCUCCACUGGUGAUUGGCAGGUUUGUGAAUCUGCGUACAGAGAUCAAACCCGUUGCAACAGAGCAGCUGCUGAGUACAUUCCUGAUGCUGGGUAAUAGUACCUGUUUCUAUGGGAAGUGCUACUAUUGUCGAGAAACAGAACCAGCUUGUGCUGAUGGAGAUACCAUGGAGGGGUCAGUCACGCUAUGGCUGCCUGAUGUCUGGCCUCUUCAGAAGCACCGGCAUCCUUGGGGAAGGACUUACCGUGAAGGCAAAUUGGCCAGGUGGGAGUAUGACGAGAGCUACUGCGAUGCUGUGAAGAAGACCUCACCUUAUGACUCAGGCCCCCGCCUCCUUGAUAUCAUUGACACCGCCGUCUUUGAUUAUUUGAUUGGGAAUGCUGACCGACAUCACUAUGAAAGCUUCCAGGAUGAUGAAGGAGCCAGUAUGCUCAUCCUCCUGGACAAUGCCAAAAGUUUUGGAAACCCCUCCCUGGAUGAGAGAAGCAUCCUAGCUCCUCUUUAUCAGUGCUGCAUCAUCCGGGUUUCCACCUGGAACAGACUGAACUACCUGAAGAAUGGAGUGCUGAAGUCUGCCUUAAAGACUGCCAUGUCUCAUGACCCCAUCUCACCAGUGCUCUCCGACCCUCACUUGGAUGCCAUGGACCAGCGGCUCCUGAGCAUCCUGGCUACAGUGAAACAGUGCACAGACCAGUUUGGUCCAGACAUUGUGCUGGUGGAAGACAGGAUGACACUCUCCCAUUUGUAACUUUCAUGGAAAACAGAUGGAAACUCCUUUUUUUAAAAACAAAUGAUAGAAAAACAGCACAAUUGGUUCUGAAUGGCUAUGCCCAGGAUGGACU